CCGCGGCCGGCAGCACGACCUUCCUCAGACGGGGAAUAGCGAAGAGAGCGCGCCAAAAUACUCAGAACCGGGCUGGACUCUGCGCGGAUGGUAUAUAUUGCGGGCUUCUCUCCGCGGGGAGCUACUUGGUGUCGUGUGUCCGGUUGUGUAGUGAACGUUCACGAUGGUUUUAACAAAAAUUGAGGAACUGGAGGAGAUGGCUGAGGAAUUAAAAAAGUGUAAAGGAAGUCCAAAUUUAAAGAUAAGCGGUUUGAAGAAGAAAUGCGUACUGGAGCCGCAUCAACUAAUGGCAGUAGAGUGGAUGAUGCUAAAAGAAAAGCAGAGUCAGGGAGGUAUACUGGCUGACGAUAUGGGUUUAGGCAAGACCCUACAAAUUAUUGCCCUAAUCCUGAAGGAGCGAGAAGAGGAAAAGAAGGAGAGAAAAGAAAAAGAGGAAGAUGAAAAUUUGAGUCAGUCAGAAAAUGGAUCGGAAAGUGAUUUUGAUGAUAGGCCCAGACUGACUCUCAUUGUGUGUCCUUUAAGUCUAAUGGAUCAGUGGGUGAAUGAGAUCACCAAGUUUGUUUCAUCUGAACACGAGGAGAGGCUAUCAUGCUAUAAAUAUCAUGGUCCAAACAAAAUUGCGGACUCUAAAACACUUCAAUCAAAUUAUUGCGUUGUGAUUACAACGUAUGCCACAUUAAGAAGGGACUGCUCUGACCUUAAGAGUAAGAGUCGUCUAUUUCAUGUCAACUGGAAGAGAAUCGUUUUGGAUGAAGCACAUAUAGUCAAAAAUCCUGAAACUGCUGGAUCAGCAGCAGUUUGUGCCUUGAAUGCUAAGUACAGAUGGUGUGUAACAGGCACUCCAAUACAGAACAAAUUGUUAGACUUGUAUUCUCUGUAUAAGUUUCUCCAGAUGCCACACUUUGCUACUGAGGCUAACUGGGUAGAAGAAAUUGGUCAGGGUACAGAUUUGGAGAACCAGCGACUGCUCUAUGCACUAUUGCGGGCAACUAUGCUUAGAAGAACUAAAAAGGAGCUUGAAAAUGUUCUCGCCCUGCCAAGAAAGACAGAAAAACCAAUUUCUAUUGUCCUAGAUAAAGACGAGCAAGAUUUAUAUUGGCUGAUUGCGGAAUAUGUGCGGCCGUGGGGAAGAAUUAAUACAAAUAAGGGAUAUAGUGGUAUUUUGCUGAAGAGACUUGCCCUAGCUCACCCAAAUCUGCUCAUAACUGAUGGUAAAGGUGCUAUAAAUUUGACUGAUGUGGAUGAUCCAUCAGUUAUCAAUGACAAGGACCCUGAAGAAAGUGAGGAAAGUAAGGCUGACGCUGACAAGAUAAGGAUUCUUGAAAAUAAAUGGAAGUACGAUGGCACAAAGCAAAGCUUUAUAGAGCAAGUUUUAAACUGGAGAUCUUUCGAUCAUAAAAUACUGCAACCCUGUCACGAGCCGUCAAAGCUGAGAAAGUUGCACGAACUUCUGGAACAUGAGGUUCUAUGCAAAAAUGAUAAAGCUAUAAUUGUGUCCCAAUGGACGAAGAUGUUGGACUUAAUCGCUGAUUCCUUGGAGAAAAGGAAAAUUAAAUACUGUGUUGUUAGUGGUCCAAUAAAACUGGAUGAGCGCAGGGAAAACUGCAAAAAAUUUAAUGAACCAGGUUCAGAAAUAAAGGUGCUCCUUCUUCAAAUGAAUGUCGGAGGUGCUGGGUUGAAUCUUAUAGGUGGAAACCACCUGUUCAUUUAUGACUUACAUUGGAAUCCUCAGCUGAUGAAACAAGCAUUUGACAGGGUGUAUAGAAUGGGCCAGACCAAGGAUGUCUUCAUCUACAAGCUAAUAACUGAAAUUGAAAAUUCAAUUGAAGAGAAUAUUCUAACAACACAAGAAAAGAAACUCCAAAUGUUUGAAGAGGUUAUGAACUUCAACGAAUGGAUACCAGGAAUAAAUAGGGGCUUGAGUGAUAAUGUGAUGGUUGAAACCAUGAGAUUACGCGAUGGGGAAGAAUAUGACAAAUUGCUUGAAUAUUGUAGGGGUUAGCCCAUGACACUCCAUGCCCAUGAGUUACCCAUUCAUUGUCAGAUUAUUGGAAAAUUCUCACAUGACAUGAUUUGCUUAUGAUUUAACUUUGACUUGAAAUGUAAUAAAAGUAAUUUACAGUAA